AUGGAUUGCCGGAAAGAUUUCCGAUCAAUUCUGCCAUUUUUGCCGGUGAUCAUCCGGUCCGACGGCGCCCAUUGGCCUCCGCCGGUGGAGGAAGCUCUCAGGUACCUGUCCAGAGGCCCGAGUAAGAGCAACGUCAAUUCCGGUCAACUCUUUGCCCUUGCCAUCGCCGACCUGCAAAAUUCUCUCGGCGUUUCCACUCUCCAUCCCUCUGCAUCGCUUGGCUUAUCUCUAUUCUUCGACACUUUGAUGAGUAAGGAUGAGUCUGAGACUUGGUUUAGAGACGUUAUUCCAAGGCUUGCAGAUUUACUUCUAAAGUUGCCUGCACUGUUAGAAGCCCACUAUCGAAAUGCGGCCAUCAUCAAUGGAAUGGAAACUGGUCUUAAAUUAUUGGAGGCGCAACAGCCAGGCAUUGUGUUUCUUAGUCAGGAAUUGAUUGCAGCUCUUCUGGCUUGUGCUCUUUUCUGCUUGUUUCCAACCACUGGCCGAGGCGACAAACAUCUUCGAUCUAUCAACUUCGAUAAAUUAUUUUUGGCAAAUCAAGAAAAUAAAAUUAAGUGUAUAGUUCACUAUUUUGAGAGGGUAUGCCAGAAUAUGCCUGCAGGGAAUGUUUCCUUUGAGCGCAAAGUUCUCCCCUUGAGGAACAGUUGUCCAUCUAACAUUGUUUACCCGGAUGUUGAUUUCUGGAUCAACUCUACCAUUUCCCUCUGCAGGCUUGAGGUUCACAUAUCUGGUUUAAUCGAAGAUCAGCCGACCGAAGCUCUCGAAGUGGACUUUGCAAAUAGAUACAUAGGGGGCGGUGUCCUAAGACGUGGCUGUGUUCAAGAAGAAAUCCGUUUCGUGACAAAUCCAGAACUUAUCACGAGCGUGCUUUUUCUGCCUAUGAUGGCGGAUAACGAGGCUAUCGAGAUCAUCGGCUCAGAAAGAUUCUCAAACUACACCGGCUAUUCAGAUUCCUUCCGCUUUUCCGGCGACCGUGAGGAUGAAAGGGGUAUCGACACAUUGGGAAGGCGAAAAACGCGGAUAAUCGCGAUCGAUGCCCUUCGUCGCCCGGGAGAAGUGCAGUACACGCCAGAAUGCCUCCUUCGUGAAAUUAAUAAGUCGUUUUGUGGCUUUUUCAAUCCAUUUGAAGGGGAAGGGGAAGGGGAAGUGGAAGGGGAAGGGGAAGGGGAAGGUGAAGGUGAAGGUGAAGGUAAAGAGAUUGGUGUAGCUACUGGGAACUGGGGUUGUGGGGCUUUCGGGGGAGAUCCUCAAGUUAAGGCCAUGAUCCAGUGGCUGGCAGCUUCUCAAGCUGGGAGGUCUUUCGUGUUGUACUAUACAUUUGGUUUGGAGCGGUUGGAGAAGUUUGAAAUGGUUGUGCAGUGGAUCGAGUCUCGAAAAUGGAAUGUCGGUGAGGUUUGGAGUAAGUUGGUGGAGUACUCGGGUCAGAGAUUGAGCGGGAAAACCGCGGUUGGAUUUUUCGAAUGGCUUAUGAUGUACUCGGCGUGA